CACACACACACACACACUCUCACACUCUCACACUCUCAGAGCUGACGUGGGCUGAGGUCUGAGCAGCGCUGCUUCUGGAACAGCUGGUAUCCAUCUGCGGUUGCUGUUUCUUCUUCCUGCUGCCGUUGAAGGCACCGUGGCUUCUCCGCCCUCCCUCCCUCGUCCGUGAGGGCCCCCCCAAAAAAAAACCCCAGCCGGCCCUCUGCAACCCAUUCACGUGCUCUGCAGCAGCAGUCGCACUCAGGACGUCUGACUGACUAGAUAGUGCUGACACAGCCUGCAGCAUGGAUAUCCUGACAGCCUGGGCCGUCACCAACCCGGCAGUGGCCCGGCUCCUCUGGGUCCUGGCUCUGGUGCUCGCCACCCUCCUGGUAUGGCUCCUCUUCUGCUGCUGCUACGGUGGGAACCAGAGCUCCUCAGCCCCCCUGGAGAACUACUUGGCAGUGAUGGCAAAGCACUCCAAGUCCAAAGCUCCAACUCAGAGGAAGAAGAAGCCCAAGGAGAAGCCAGCAGCUCCGGUCCGGUCAGAGGAAGCGCCGCCGCCGCCCGUGGUGGUGAAGGAGUCGGUGGCCCUUGGACACGAGCCACCGGGUCCGGCAGUGAGGAAAAGGAAGAGACGACCGGCCAGAGCCGGGAUGGAAACUGUGACCGAAACACACACGACCAUGGAGGAGGCGCGGGACAAGCCCAAGAGGAGGCCCCUGGUGCGGGCCGCGUCGGAGGAGACCUCCAGCGACCUGCGCUCCGUCACCUGCUCGCCGUCCCGCGGCGACACGCUGCCCUGGAACCUGCCCAAGCACCAGCGCAUCAAGAGAUCCAAGUCGGCCUCUGGGGACGUGCUGGACCCGGCGGAGAGGGCCGUCAUCCGCAUCGCAGACGAACGGGACCGAGUCCAGAAGAAGACCUUCACAAAAUGGGUCAACAAGCACCUGAUGAAGGCGCAGAGACACAUCACCGACCUGUACGAGGACCUCAGAGAUGGACACAACCUCAUCUCCCUGCUGGAGGUGCUCUCCGGGGAGACACUGCCGCGGGAGAAAGGACGGAUGCGCUUCCACAAGCUGCAGAACGUCCAGAUCGCCCUGGACUUCCUCAAACACAGACAGGUGAAGCUGGUCAACAUCAGGAACGAUGACAUCGCCGAUGGAAACCCCAAGCUGACCCUGGGCCUGAUAUGGACCAUCAUCCUCCACUUCCAGAUCUCGGACAUCCAGGUGAACGGCCAGUCGGACGACAUGACGGCCAAGGAGAAGCUGCUGCUGUGGUCCCAGCGGAUGGUGGAGGGAUACCAGGGCCUGCGCUGCGACAACUUCACCACCAGCUGGAGGGACGGCAAGCUCUUCAACGCCAUCGUGCACAAGCACAGGCCCACUCUCAUUGACAUGAGUCAAGUGUACCGACAGAGCAACCAGGAGAACCUGGAGCAGGCCUUCAGUGUGGCCGACCGAGAGCUGGGCGUCACCAGGCUGCUGGACCCGGAGGAUGUGGAUGUGCCCCAUCCAGAUGAGAAAUCCAUCAUCACGUACGUCUCCUCGCUGUACGACGUCAUGCCCCGGGUGCCAGACGUUCAGGACGGAGUCAAGGCCAACGAGCUGGAGCUGCGUUAUCAGGAGUAUUACGAGGUCGUCACCGUGCUGCUGCAGUGGAUCCGACACCACAUCCUCGUCUUCGAGGAGAGGAAGUUCCCCACCAGCUACGAGGAGAUCGAGAUUCUUUGGCGUCAGUUUCUGAAGUUCAAGGAAACGGAGCUGCCGGCGAGGGAGGCCGACAAGAACCGCUCCAAACACAUCUUCAAGUCUUUUGAGGGUGCCGUCCAGGCGGGUCACGUCAAAGUGCCGCCGGGUUACCACCCAUUCGACGUGGAGAAGGAAUGGGGCCGCCUGCACGUCGCCAUACUGGAGAGGGAGCGUCUCCUUCGGACAGAAUUCGAGAGGCUGGAGCGACUCCAGCGGGUCGUCAGCAAGGUCCAGAUGGAGUCCGGGGUGUGUGAGGAGCAGCUCAACCAGGUGGAAACUCUGCUGCAGACGGACGUGCGGAUGAUGAGCGCAGGGAAGCCAGCGCAGCACGCGGCGGAGAUGGAGGCCGAUCUGGAGAAGGCCGAGGGGAUGAUCCGCUUCCUCUUCAACGACGUUCAGCUGCUCAAAGAUGGACGCCACCUCCAAGCUGAGCAGAUGUACCGCAGAGUGUAUCGUCUCCACGAGCGGCUGGUGAACCUGCGCAGUGAGUACAACCUCCGCCUCAAGUCCGGUGUGACCACCGCGCAGAUCCCCAUGACGCAGAUCCACACCACGCAGAUCCACACCGCCCAGGUCCUGCAGCAGGCCCCCAUGAGGGUGCGGCCCGAGCUGGACGAGGUCACCCUCCGCUACACCCAGGACCUGCUGGGCUGGGUGGAGGAGAACCAGCGGCGCGUGGACGCGGGCGAGUGGGGGAGCGACCUGCCCACGGUGGAGUCGCAGCUGGGCAGCCACCGCGGCCUGCACCAGUCGGUGGAGGAGUUCCGCGUCAAGAUCGAGAGAGCGAAGGCCGAUGAGAGUCAGAUCUCUCCCGCCAGCAAAGCUGCGUACCGCGACUAUCUGGGAAAACUGGAGCUGCAGUACGGGAAGCUGCUGAACGCCUCGAAGGCUCGCCUGCGCUCCCUGGACCAGCUCCACGCCUUCGUCACCGCCGCGACCAAAGAGCUGAUGUGGCUGAACGAGAAAGAGGAGGAGGAGGUGAACUACGACUGGAGCGACCGCAACACCAACAUGGCGGCCAAGAAAGAAAACUACUCGGGUCUGAUGAGAGAGCUGGAGCUCAGGGAGAAGAAGAUGAACGUCGUCCAGACCACGGGAGACAAGCUGCUGAGAGACGGACACCCUGCCCGGCAGACCAUAGAGGCCUUUACUGCAGCUCUGCAGACUCAGUGGAGUUGGAUCCUCCAGCUGUGCUGCUGCAUCGAGACCCACCUGAAAGAAAACACUGCCUACUUCCAGUUUUUCUCCGACGUGAAGGAGGCGGAGGAGCGGAUGAAAAAGAUGCAGGACGCCAUGAAGAGGAAGUACACGUGCGACCGCUCCAUCACCGUCACGCGGCUGGAAGACCUGCUGCAGGACGCAGCCGACGAGAAAGAGCAACUGACGGAGUUCAGGACUCACCUGGAGGGCCUGAAGCGGAGAGCCAAGACCGUCGUCCAGCUGAAACCGCGGAACCCCACCACCCCGCUCAAGGGCAAACUGCCCAUCCAGGCCGUGUGUGACUUCAAACAGAUGGAGAUCACGGUCCACCGGGGGGAGGAGUGCGCCCUGCUGAACAACUCGCAGCCGCACAAGUGGAAGGUGCUGAACGACACAGGCUGCGAGUCGUCCGUGCCGUCCAUCUGCUUCCUGGUCCCGCCCACCAAUAAGGACGCCGUGAACAGCAUCGCCGGACUGGACGGGAACCUCCAGAGGCUGCAGGCGACGUGGCAGACGAUGUCCGUGGACAUGAGGAGUCUGAUGUCGUGGCAGUACCUGAUGAGAGACAUCCACAUCAUCAAGACCUGGAACGUCACCAUGUUUAAGACCCUGAGGGUGGAGGAGUACCGGCUGGCGUUGAGAAACCUGGAGCAGCACUACCAGGACUUCCUCAGGGACAGCCAGGACUCCCAGAUGUUCGCGGCCGAGGACCGAAUGCAGGUGGAGUCCAACUACAACAAGGCCAACCAGCACUACAACACGAUGGUCAGCUCCGCCGAGCAAGGCUUUGUGCCGCCCAAGACAGGCGAACAAGACGAGUCCAUGUGCAAGACUUACCUGACGCAGAUCAAGGACCUCCGCCUGCGGCUGGAGGGAUGCGAGAAUCGCACGGUGACGCGCCUCCGCCAGCCCGUGGACAAGGAGCCGCUGAAGGCCUGCGCCCUGAAGACCGCCGAGCAAAUGAAAGUGCAGUCCGAGUUGGAGGGCCUGAAGAAAGACCUGACCUCCAUCUCCGAGAAGACGGAGGAGGUCCUGGCCUCCUCUCCGCCGUCCGGCUCGGCCCCGAUGCUGCGCUCGGAGCUGGACGUGACCCUGAGGAAGAUGGACCACGUCUACGGCCUCUCCACCGUCUACCUGGACAAGCUGAAGACCAUUGACGUGGUGAUCAGAAACACUAAGGAUGCAGAGGACACUCUGAAGAACUACGAGACUCGUCUGCGCGACGUCAGCAGCGUGCCGGCCGAGGAGAAGGAGGUGGAGGACCAUCGCAGUCAGCUGAAGUCGAUGCGUGCCGAAGCGGAGGCCGACCAGGUGGUGUUCGACCGCCUGCUGGACGAGCUCAAGAGGGCGACGGCCAUCAACGACAAGAUGACGAGGAUCCACGGCGAGCGCGACGCCGAGCUGGAGCAUUACCGCCAGCUGGUCAACGGCCUCCUGGAGCGCUGGCAGGCCGUGUUCGCCCAGACCGACGUGAGGCUGCGGGAGCUCGACCUCCUCGGCCGCCACAUGAAUUCGUACCGCGAGAGCUACGAGUGGCUCAUCCGGUGGCUCGGUGAGGCGAGGCAGCGGCAGGAGACGAUCCAGGCCGUGCCGAUCGGUGACGGCAAGGCCCUCAAGGAGCAGCUGGUGGAGGAGAAGAAACUCCUGGAAGAGAUCGAGAAAAACAAGGACAAGAUCGAAAGCUGCCACAAGAACGCGAAAACUUACAUUGAUUCCGUUAAGGAUUACGAGUUCCAGAUUCUGACCUACAAAGCCCUCCAAGAUCCGAUAGCAUCGCCUCUGAAGAAACCAAAGAUGGAGUGUGCGUCUGACAACAUCAUCCAAGAGUACGUGACUCUGAGAACCCGCUACAGCGAGCUCAUGACGCUCAACAGCCAGUACAUCAAAUUCAUCCUGGACACGCAGCGCCGCCUGGAGGACGACGAGAAAGCUUCUGAAAAACUCAAAGAAGAGGAGAGGAAGAGGAUGGCGGAGAUCCAGGCGGAGCUGGAUAAACAGAAGCAGCUGGCCGAGGCUCAGGCCAAAUCUGUGGCCAAGGCGGAACAAGAGGCGCAGGAGCUGAAGCUGAAGAUGAAGGAAGACGCCGGCAGGAGGCAAGACGUGGCCGUGGACGCCGAGAAACAGAAGCAAAACAUACAGCAGGAGCUGCAUCACCUGAAGAGUCUGUCGGAGCAGGAGAUCAAGUCCAAGAAUCAGCAGCUGGAGGAGGCGCUGGUCAGUCGGAGGAGGAUCGAGGAGGAAAUCCACAUAAUCAGACUCCAGUUGCAGACGACGAUAACGCAGAAGACCACGUCCGAGGCCGAGCUACAGAAGCUCCGAGACGCGGCUGCCGAGGCCGAGAAGCUCAGGAAAGCUGCUCAGGAGGAGGCCGAGAGGCUUCGCAGGCAGGUCACUGACGAGACUCAGAAGAAGAAAAAUGCCGAAGACGAGCUGAAGCGUAAAUCUGAAGCAGAGAAGGAAGCUGCCAGGCAAAAGCAGAAGGCCCUGGACGACCUGCAGAAGUUCAAACUGCAAGCGGAGGAGGCGGAGAGGCGCAUGAAACAGGCUGAGGAGGAGAAAUCUCGGCAGAUCCGGGUCGUGGAGGAGGUGGCGCAGAGGAGCGCUGCCACACAGUUGCAAACCACGUCCAUGUCAUUCAAUGAAAAGGCGACGAAACUCGAGGAAUCCCUGAGGAAAGAGCAGGGCACUGUCCUGAAGUUGCAGGAGGAGGCUGAAAAACUCAAGAGGCAGCAAGAGGACGCAAACAACGCCAGGGAGCAAGCGGAGAAGGAGCUGGAGACGUGGCGACAGAAAGCUAACGAGGCUCUCCGCCUGAGGCUGCAGGCUGAGGAGGAAGCCCAGAAGAAGAGCCAGGCUCAGGAGGAGGCGGAGAAGCAGAAGGUGGAGGCGGAGCGAGACGCCAAGAAAAGGGCCAAAGCUGAAGACGCGGCACUGAAGCAGAAGGAGAACGCAGAGAAAGAGUUGGAAAAACAGAGGAAAUUUGCAGAACAAGUAGCUCAGCAAAAGCUGUCCGCAGAGCAGGAAUGCAUCCGCUUGAAGGCCGACUUUGAACAUGCCGAUCAGCAGAGGGGCCUGUUGGAUAACGAGCUCCACCGUCUGAAGAAUGAGGUGAACGCGGCCGAAAACCAGAGGAAGCAACUGGAGGACGAGCUGGCCAAAGUCCGGAGUGAAAUGGACGCCCUUCUGCAGAUGAAGACCAAAGCGGAGAAGGAGACGCUGUCCAAGACGGAGAAGAGCAAGCAGCAUCUCGAGUCCGAAGCGUUGAAAAUGAAACAACUCGCGGAGGAGGCGACCAGACUGAGGUCGGUCGCCGAAGAGGCAAAGAAGCAGCGGCAGGUUGCGGAGGAUGAGGCGGCGCGGCAAAGAGCCGAUGCCGAAAAAGUACUCAAGGAAAAACUGGCUGCCAUCAACGAGGCAACGCGUCUGAAGACUGAAGCGGAGAUGGCCCUAAAAGCCAAAGAGGCCGAGAAUGAAAGACUGAAACGGAAGGCGGAGGACGAGGCUUAUCAGAGGAAGAUGCUGGAGGACCAAGCCGCUCAGCACAAACAAGACAUCGCAGAGAAGAUCACACACCUGAAGAGCUCGUCUGUCUCUGAGCUAGAGCGGCAAAAAACCAUCGUGGAUGAAACUCUGAGGCAGAAGAGGGUGGUUGAAGAAGAAAUCCACAUCAUCAGGAUCAACUUUGAGAAAGCGUCGAAAGAGAAGUCCGGCUUAGAGUUGGAGCUGAAGAAGUUGAAGGGCGUCGCGGACGAAACUCAGAAGAGCAAACUCAGAGCUGAGGAGGAGGCGGAGAAACUGAAGAAGCUUGCAGCUGAGGAGGAGAAGAAAAGGAAAGAAGCUGAGGAGACGGUGAAGAGGAUUACCGCGGCAGAGGAGGAGGCAGCAAGACAAUGCAAAGUGGCUCAGGAGGAAGUUGAGCGCCUCAAACAGAAGGCCGCCGAAGCCAAUAAACAGAAAGACAAGGCAGAGAAAGAGGCGGAGAAGCAGGUCGCUCUGGCCAAAGAAGCCGCUGAGAAACGCUCCGCUGCAGAACAGAAGGCUCAAAACGUCCUCAGUAAGAACAAAGAAGACAGUCUCGCUCAGGAGAAGCUGAGAGACGAGUUUGAAAAUGCCAAGAAACUUGCACAAGCGGCGGAGAAGGCCAAAGAGAAUGCCGAGAAGGAGGCCGCCCUGCUCCGUCAAAAAGCCGAGGAGGCCGAGAAACAGAAAAAAGCGGCAGAGGAUGAGGCGGCCAAACAGGCCAAAGCUCAAAAGGAUGCAGAGAAACUGAAGAAAGAAGCGGAGGAGGAGGCCUCCAAGAGGGCAGCGGCCGAGGCAGCGGCACUGAAGCAAAAGCAGCAGGCCGACGUGGAGAUGGCCAAGCACAAGAAGGAAGCAGCGCAAGCACUCAAACAAAAGUCUCAGGUCGAGAAGGAACUGACCGUGGUCAAACUGCAACUGGAUGAGACAGACAAGCAGAAGGCGGUGCUGGACGAGGAGCUUCAGAGGGUCAAAGGUGAAGUUAGCGAUGCCGUCAAACAAAAGGCCCAGGUGGAGGACGAACUGUCCAAGGUUAAAAUCCAGAUGGACGAGCUCCUGAAACUCAAGCUCAAAAUCGAGAAAGAAAACCGGCGCCUCAUGCAGAAGGACAAGGACAAGACGCAGAAGGUGCUUGCAGAGGAAGCGGAGAAAAUGAAGAGCUUGGCAGAGGAAGCAGCCAGACUCACCGUGGAGGCCGAAGAAACGGCCAGACAGAGGAAGAUUGCCGAGUCGGACUUGGCUGAACAGAGGGCACUUGCGGAGAAAAUACUCAAGGAGAAAAUGCAGGCGAUCCAAGAGGCGACCAAACUGAAAGCGGAGGCCGAGGAGCUCCAGAAACAAAAGAACCAGGCACAAGAAAAGGCCAAAAAACUCCUCGAGGACAAACAGCAGAUCCAGCAGCGGCUCGACAAGGAGACCGAGGGCUUCCAGAAAUCGCUGGAGGCCGAGCGAAAGAGGCAGCUCGAGGUUUCAGCCGAAGCAGAGAAACUGCGAUCGAGGGUGAAAGAGCUCGGCGACGCUCAGGCCAAGGCCGAAGGGGAGGCUCAGAAAUUCAAGAAACAAGCCGACGACGCAAAAGCCCAGCUCCAGAAGACGGAGAAGCAAACCACCGAGACUGUCGUGCAGAAGCUGGAGACGCAGAGGCUGCAGAGCACCAGGGAGGCUGACGACCUGAAGAAAGCCAUCGAUGACCUUGAAAAGGAGAGGGAGAAGCUGAAAAAAGAGGCGGAGGAGCUUCAGAGAAAAUCCAAAGAGAUGGCAAAUGCCCAACAAGCACAAAUUGAGCAGCAGAAGGUCACGCUUCAGCAGACUUUCCUCACAGAGAAGGAAGUGCUGCUGAAAAGAGAAAAGGCCGUCGAAGAUGAGAAAAAGAGGUUUGAGAAACAGCUUGAGGAUGAAGUGAAGAAGGCCGAGGCUCUCAAGGAUGAACAAGAUCGCCAGCGGAAGCUAGUGGAAGAAGAGAAGAAGAAACUUCAGGCCAUAAUGGAUGAAGCUGUGAAGAAACAAAAAGAGGCUGAAGCAGAGAUGCAGAACAAGCAGAAAGAAAUGAACGUGCUUGAAAAGAAAAGGCUUGAACAAGAAAAGCUACUGGGAGAGGAAAACAAAAAGCUCAGAGAGAAGCUUCAGAAUCUUGAGGUCGCCUCCAAACAGGCUGAUUCAGAAACAAAAGACACUGAAGUCCAGACUGAUAAAGUCCCUGAGGAGCAGUUAGUUGCCAUGACAAUGGUGGGAACAACAAAGAGUGUUUUCAACGGUUCUGUUGAAGUGGACGGACUGAAGAAAGCUGGGGAAUCACCUUUAUCAUUUGACGGAAUAAGAGAGAGAGUUCCGGCUGAAAGGCUCCAUGACAUUGGUGUCCUAACCAAGAAGGAGUUUGACAAAUUGAAAAAGGGCAAAGUAUCUGUGCAAGACCUCGGAAAGACUGAUAAAGUUAAAUCUUGUCUCAAGGGUCAGAAUUGUCUUGGAGGUGUCUUGACUCCAUCUAAGGAGAAAAUGAGCGUCUAUCAGGCCAUGACAGAGAACAAGAUUACUCCCAACACCGCCACAAUGCUCCUGGAGGCUCAGGCAGCUUCUGGUUACAUCGUAGAUCCGGUGAAAAAUAAACUCCUCUCGGUAGAUGAGGCUGUUAAGGAUCAAGUAAUUGGACCUGAGCUUCAUGACAGGAUGCUCUCUGCAGAGAGAGCAGCCACUGGCUUCAAAGAUCCAUACACUGGAGCCAAAAUCUCCGUCUUUGAGGCCAUGAAGAAGGGACUCAUUGAGAAGGAGCAGGCCACCAAAUUCCUAGAUGUACAGCUAGCAACCGGUGGCAUCAUUGACCCAAUCAAUAGCCAUAGAGUACCCCUGCAGACCGCCUACAAGCAAGGUCAAUUUGACGCAGACAUGAACAAGAAGCUCACAGAUCCCAGUGAUGAUUGCAAAUUAUUCAUUGACCCCAGCUCUCAGGAGCAACUGACUUAUAAACAGUUACUGGAGAGAUGCACCAAAGACGCAGAGACAGGCCUGCUGAUAUUACCAGUGACCGAGGACGCUGGUCAAAGUGAAAAGUACACAGAUCUGGAGACAAAAGAAGUUUUCAGUAGGUCAAACGUCAUUGUGCCUUUUGGACGAUUCAAGGGGAAAACUGUCACCAUUUGGGAAGUCAUCAAUUCCGAAUAUUUCACCGAGGAGCAAAGACGAGAACUGAUUCGCCAGUACAAGACAGGCAAGAUCACAGUGGAGAAGACUAUCAAAAUUGUCAUCACCGUUGUGGAAGACAAGGAGAAGAAUAAUGAAAACGUGUUAAAUGGUUUGAGGGCUCCAGUUUCUCCCAAUGAAUUGUUGGAGUCCAAGGUCAUUAACAAAGACUUGUUCAACAAGUUGAGCAAUGGCAAGAUAACAGUUAAAGAGAUAUCUGAGAUGGAGCCUGUAAAGAAAGCUCUACAGGGAACACCAAGCAUUGCUGGGCUGUUGAAUGAAGCAACCAAGGAGAAAAUGCCCUUCUAUCAAGCUAUGAAGAAAGAGUUACUGUCACCAGAAACUGCGCUGAACCUUCUCGAAGCUCAAGCAGCUACUGGUUUUGUAAUCGAUCCUGUCAAAAAUGAGAAGCUCCCUGUUGAUGAAGCUGUCAAAUCAGGUCUUGUUGGCCCAGAACUGCAUGAACGCCUUCUGUCUGCAGAGAGAGCUGUCAGCGGCUACAGAGAUCCUUAUACAGGAAAGAAGGUGUCUCUAUUUGAGGCGAUGAACAAAGGCCUCAUAAAGAAAGACCACGGCAUUCGUCUGCUGGAGGCACAACUCUCAACAGGUGGAAUUAUUGACCCUGUUAAAAGCUAUCGCAUUCCACAUGAGGUUGCCUGCAAGCGUGGAUAUUUUGAUGAGGAAAUCUCCAAGACCCUGAACAAGAGCACAGACGAAACAAAAGUCUAUUACGAUCCGAACUCACAAGAGGAUUCAACCUAUGCACAGCUCAUGAAAAAAUGUGUCACCGACAAAGAAACUGGCCUCCCGUUGCUUUCCCUCUCAAAGAAGGCUGCAAAGCCAAAAGAAGAAAAACAGAUUACAGAAGCUAAAACAAAAGAGGCUUUGAAUCAGACAGGUAUGGAGCUGGAGUAUGGACCUUUCAAAGGAAGAAAGGUCACAAUUUGGGAGAUCAUUCACUCUGAAUACAUCACUGAGGAGCAAAGAAUAGAGCUUAUUCGACAGUACAGAAUGGGGCAGGUGACCAUUGAAAGGUUGAUUACGAUUGUAAUAACGAUGGUUGAGGAAAAGAAGGACAAAACAAAGGAAAGCGCCUGUUUUGAGGGCCUUAGAGCGCCAGUCACUGCCAGCUCCUUACUUGAUUCCAACAUCAUUGACAAGGCAACUUUUGAUCAGCUUGAACAGGGUAAAAAGACACCUAAAGAAGUCAGUGAUACUGAUGAGGUCAAGAAGUACCUGCAGGGCGCAGACCGCAUUGAUGGUAUCACUAUGGAAGAUUCAAAUGAGAAGUUAAGCAUAUAUCAAGCAAUUAAAAACAAUGUUUUACAACAAAACACUGGACUUGCACUGCUGGAGGCCCAAGCUGGAACUGGUUUCAUAACUGAUCCAGUCAAAAAUUUGAAAUACUCUGUGGAUGAUGCUGUGAAGGUUGGAGUUGUUGGCCCAGAGCUUCACGAGAAACUUCUCGCAGCGGAAAAAGCAGUGACAGGAUACAAAGAUCCAUAUACAGGCAACAAAAUUUCUCUAUUCCAAGCCAUGAAUAAAGAGCUUGUACUGAGGGAGCAUGCCAUUCCUCUCCUGGAGGCCCAGUUUACUACAGGAGGGAUCAUUGAUCCAGUCAGCAGCCAUCGUGUUCCCAAUGAUGUGGCCAUUCAGCGAGGCUUUUUCAGCAAACCAAUGGCCAAGACCUUCAAUGAACCUUCAGGUGACAUUAAAGGCUUCACCAAUCCCAACACCAAUGAAAGUGUCACUUACAAGCAGUUGCUGGAGAAAUGUGCAAGAGAUGCCAACUCUGGUCUGUGCUACCUGCCUCUGUCUAAAGCUGAGGCUCUUGCUCCAAUCGAGAAAUCAUAUGAGUACACAGAGGAGCAAGCCCAAACAGAUCUAGCCAACACUCAAAUUGAGAUCCCACACAAGAGUUUCGCAGGAAAGAGUGUGACCAUCUGGGAAGUCAUGAACUCAAACAUGCUUCCAGAAAAAGAGAGGCACCGCCUCAUGGAGCAGUAUCGCUUGGGGCAAAUCACAAAGGAAAGAAUGCUCGUCAUCAUCAUUGAAAUCAUUGAACAUAGAGAGACACUAAAGUUGGAUCAGAGCAUGUCCUGCGAUGUCAUCAGAAGAAGAGUUACUAUUGAGGAGCUUUACAAUGCUCGAAUUAUUGACUUGCACACGUACAACCUCCUGAAACAAGAAAAGAUGACUAUUCGUGAGGCCAUGGAAAUGGACUCAGUGAAACAGUACCUCUUUGGCACUGGUUGUAUUGCUGGAAUUAUGUCAGACAGUCCACCAAAGAUCAGCAUUUACCAGGCUAUGAAGAGUGGAAAGAUUCAACCUGAGGUUGCUUUGAAUCUCCUUGAGGCCCAAGCAGCAACAGGAUUCAUGAUUGAUCCAGUCAAAGAUGAGCUUCUAACCGUUGAUGAAGCUGUGCGCAAAGGGCUUGUGGGCCCUGAACUUCACGACAAACUUCUCUCUGCCGAGAGAGCAGUCACGGGUUACAAGGAUCCAUACAGUGGAAAAGUGAUUUCGCUCUUCCAGGCUAUGAAAAAAGACCUGAUUCCUGAGGAUUAUGCCUUGAGGCUUUUGGAGGCCCAGAAUGCCACUGGCGGGUUGAUAGAUCCGGAAUACUACUUCCGCCUCCCCACCGACGUAGCUACGCAGCGUGGAUACAUCAAUAAAGAGACACUAGACAGGAUUUCUGAGCCUACUGGGGAUGUGCGAGGAUACACUGAUCCAACAGCAGAUGAGAAACAGUCCUAUGCCCAGCUACUGAAAAGAUGCAGAGUUGAUAAAGAAAGUGGUUUGAGGCUGCUCUCACUGGCAGACAGAAGACUCCUCUUCAAGGGUCUCAGAAAGCAAAUCACUGUGGAUGAGCUGCUUCGUUCACAGAUUAUCAACCAAAAGACAUACAACGAACUCACCGAGGGUUCCAUUACAGUGGAGGAAGUCAGCAGAGACCUGAAGAAAUACCUUGAGGGCACCAGUUGUAUUGCUGGUGUCUAUGUAGAAUCAAGCAAAGAUAGGUUGUCUAUUUAUCAAGCCAUGAAGAAGAACAUGAUCAGACCAGGAACUGCCUUUGAGCUCCUUGAGGCUCAAGCCGCCACAGGGUAUGUAAUUGAUCCUAUUAAGAACCUUAAACUAAAUGUCACAGAAGCUGUGAAAAUGGGUGUUGUCGGCACUGAGUUCAAAGAUAAACUCGCCUCAGCUGAACGAGCUGUCAUCGGCUACAAAGACCCUUAUUCUGGCAAAAUCAUCUCACUAUUCCAGGCAAUGAAAAAGGGACUCAUUCUAAAAGACCAUGGCAUUCGUCUGCUAGAGGCUCAAAUUGCCACCGGUGGAAUCAUUGAUCCGCAGGAGAGCCAUCGAUUGCCAGUUGAAGCAGCAUACGAGCGUGGUCUCUUUGAUGAGGAAAUGAACGAAAUCCUCACCGACCCAUCUGAUGACACAAAGGGCUUCUUUGACCCCAACACUGAGGAAAAUCUUACCUACCUACAGCUGAUGGAGAGAUGUAUGAUAGACCCAGAAACAGGCCUUGCUCUUCUGCUGUUGAAAGAAAAGAAGCGCGAGAGGAAGACAUCGUCCAAGUCCUCUGUUCGUAAACGCAGGGUCGUCAUCGUCGAUCCAGAGACUGGUAAAGAAAUGUCCGUGUAUGAGGCUUACCAGAAAGGGCUUAUUGACCAGCAGACAUAUAUAGAGCUUGCAGAGCAGGAGUGUGAAUGGGAGGAAAUCACCAUCACCUCUUCUGAUGGAGUUGUGAAAUCCAUGAUCACUGACAGGCGGUCCGGUCGGCAGUACGACAUCGAUGACGCAAUCUCACGGGGUCUGAUCGACAAGUCAGCUCUGGAUCAGUACAGAGCAGGAACUCUGUCCAUCACAGAGUUUGCAGACAUGUUGUCUGGAAACAUGAGUGGUGUCAGAUCACGUUCUUCCUCCUUUGGCUCCUCUUCCUCCCACCCCAUGAGCCCAAUGCCUUCCAUAAAAACACCAGCAACCACAUGGAAUGAUCCAACAGAGGAAACUGGCCCUGUGGCCGGGAUACUAGACACAGAAACACUGGAGAAGGUGUCCGUCACCGAGGCCAUUCACAGAAACCUUGUGGACAAUAUAACAGGUCAGAGGUUGCUGGAAGCUCAGGCCUGCACAGGAGGCAUCAUCGACCCAAAUACUGGAGAGAAAUUCUCUGUUGCGGAUGCAAUGAACAAAGGGCUUGUGGAUAAGAUCAUGGUGGACCGCAUCAGUCUAGCCCAGAAGGCCUGCAACGGAUUUGAAGAUCCCAGAACAAAAACCAAAAUGUCCGCAGCCCAAGCUCUAAAGAAAGGCUGGCUCUACUACGAGGCCGGACAGCGAUUCCUGGAGGUCCAGUAUCUCACUGGUGGUUUGAUUGAACCAGACGCUACCAGCAGAGUCUCUAUAGAUGAGGCUGUGAACAAAGGCACCUUAGAUGCACGCACUGCACAGAAGUUACGAGAUGUGAGUGCGUACUCAAAGUAUCUCACAUGCCCUAAAACCAAGCUGAAGAUCUCUUACAAGGAUGCAAUGGAAAGAAGCAUGAUAGAAGAGGGCACCGGUCUACGACUACUUGAAGCCUCAUCUCAGUCCAGCAAAGGCCUUUACAGUCCCUAUAGCGUCAGUGGGUCAGGUUCCGCCAGUGGGUCACGGCCUGGUUCCAGAACUGGAUCCAGGUCAGGCUCAAGAAGAGGCAGCUUCGAUGCCACGGGAUCAAGUUUCACCACAACCUUCUCCUCGACGUCCUACAGUUCACCAAGCUACGGCCGUCGAUACUGAUGAGCUUGAGGAAAGGAAAGGAUACACUAUAAAACCACAGUGCUCACCAGAUGCCUAAUUCUCGGUGGAAUAAAGACUAAAUUUAUUCUGCUCUGCAUGUGGUCGUUACAGUACUUUUAAUAUUUAAUUUUCUACAAGUUGCAUCAUUUGAUUUUUGUAUAUUUCACAUUAACGUUUAGUUGCGUCUAUGCUAUCUUAUCAGACUUUACCACGCUGUAAGCACUUAAGAGUAUGUAACAGCAAAUUUUUAUGUCCAGUAUAUAUCGCAAACGUGUACACGAUUUUUUUUGUCUAAUAUCAAUCCUUCCACAAUAUUGAAUUUGUCGAUCUAAUUGUUUAAGAGAACACGUAACAAAAGCGGGUUAAAGAAAGAUAAAAAAAUCCACUCUGCAGAGCAGAAUAAGGAGUCUCCCGAAAGAUGAGUUACACUAAGAGUGUCUGCUUCAAGAAUGCCAAGCUUCAAGAUCUUUUCUCUCCACUGCCGCAUAUACUCUGCCAAUAUUGGAACUCCACUCCAUAUUCCCAAUGGUCUGUCAUAAAAACCUGGAGUUGCAGCAACAUGCUCACCUUGUCAAAUGAACUCCCAAAGAGCAAACUCCCGCAAAUGGAAUGAAUAUGUAGCCUGUUAUGAUCCAUCAACACCAUUACUGGACAUCCAAGACAAACACAUGCAAGUCCCCGCCUUUUCGCACACGUCAAAAAGGUAUCGUCCUCACGGUUCAUCUCUUUUCUCAGAUGUCUUCCAGAGACCCGCGGCAUUCAUUUUGGAAGUGUGACCUUUUACUGCAAACACUAUAAUCAUUUUAUGCAACUUACUCCACUCGCCAUGUUCCAUUAGUUUUUAUUUUAACAGUGGACCAUUUUUAAAAACGUGCAUUCAUAACCAUGAAGUCAUUUAAAGGCCUAAUCUACGCUUUGUAAGUGCCUGCAGAAAAUACUGUUUAACACUGUAUCGGGGUUGUUGAAUAGCAUAAAGGUGGUUCAGCGGUCACACUGUAAACUGACUGUAUGCAUGACCGAAGGAGCAACGCUACUCAUAUCUGUAUGAUUACUGUGUUAUCAGGUAUAAGCCAUUUUACUGUCCGACUACAGUCUAACGUUAAAAAAACACUAACAGUUCUAUAAUGUGUGGUUUGAGUGUUUUUAACAGCUACGAUUUGCGUUAUUUGAAUGUUUUUUCUUUCACGGACAGGUAACGUAUGUAUAUGUAUAUGUAUAUCGACGAUUAUAUAGAGCACUGUUUGCUGAAAGCCAUUAAUAAUCUUCGAGAAAAAUGAUCUUCAAGCUUUGCCAGCGGACCCAGUAUUAGUAUUUCCCAACACACAACAUACUUGUUUUGGAGCUGUAUGGUUUUAUUUUUUUCGUACUUUUAUCGUGUAUUUCUGCUUUGCAUGAUUUACUAACCAUUUACAAGGUGCAAAAAAAAAAACAACAACACCGAAUAGUUGUUAUAUUCAUCAUAAAGCUUUUUGUUUUUUUCUGUUGUUUUGCGUUUCGAGAGGUUUGAAGGAUGUAUUUUAAUGAGGGUUGUCGAGCCUCGGUGUAUUUAUAAUAAAAUGGUGACAAGGAAUUUUAUUGUAACACCUUUAUGGCUAUAUGUAAAUAAAUAUGGAAAUGAAAUAUU